UGAAGCUGAAAAACCAACCGAUAGUUGGAUUUCUAAUCACAAUUUAGAAUUUAUAACUUAUAUGAUUAUUUUAAAUCGUCUUUAUUGCAGCAAGCAUAUUUGGUAUCAAAGAAAGUAUGAGGAUAAAUGCCUUAAUAUUAAUAAAUCAACAUACACAGAUGAUAUGUUUACUUCUAUCAUGAAAGAUUUUUGUCUAGAGGAUGCUGAUUUUAUUACAUUAAGUGGAGAACUUGAAACAGCUUGCUCUCGCUACCGUAGACAGGGUUUACAUGAAGGUUUCAAUGAGAAGAAUGUAGAGCUUUCUUUAAUGAUGUCGGAAAUGAAUCUUAGUGUUAAAAACUUUAUGAAGGUUGGAGACACAUUACUUGAUAUUGAUAAAUCUAAAAGAGGUCAUAAGAUUGAUGCGGCAAUUGGAAUACGUUUGAUGAAAGAAAAUCUUAUCUAUUUUUUGAUAGUAGAAUCCAAAAAACCAGGCACAGAUCCUAGUAGUGACAAAAGAAAACAAUUACAAGAACAAU